ACAGCCAUAGGGUGUCCAUGACUUUUGUUGCAGAGCGAUCGCCCGGAGUCUGCAGGAGGCUUCCGAGCCUGCAAAGAAAUCUGAACACGCGGAAGUCAUAGAGAUCUUGGACGAUGAAGAAGAGCCACAGAGCGACAAUGCCGACGACGCACAGUUCGACACCGACCUCAAGCGUGCGAUGGAAGCCUCGAAGGCAGCAACGCCAUAUCAGUCCGGCUCGGAACACGCCACGAGGUCGGGCUCGUCGAGCAUAGCAGAGGUCGCGCCCCCCGCACCCACCCCGCCUGGCAGCGCGUUCCUGUUCGACCGCGCCCAGAUGGAGCGCGAACGCCUCGAGCGGCUGAAGCGGCUGCGACCUGAUUUCGCCCAGGCAUCCAGCUCUACUCACACGCGAGACGACGAGGAUGAAGAGGAUGCGCGCGAUACGAACCCCCGCAGCGCAAAGAGGCAACGCGUUUCCCCGUCUUCGCAUGCUCCGCACACCAACGUCCUUCCCAGCAGCCGCACCGCGUCGCCCGCGUCCGGGACGCGUACGCCAACUAGCGUCGGCAAAAAAGACGACAGCGGCGACGGUCUGUUCUUCGACGGCGAGCUUCGCCAGACCGCGAACAAGCACGUCGACGCCGCCAGAGAUACCCGACCAGUGUUCCGACUCACAGACAUAUUGGCACCUAGAGACGACAUCGUGUUCGCGAUCGUGUCGGCGUAUGUUAUCAAUCUGCCGUGGUUCUACAGCUUCUUCAACCGCGGGACGCCUGUCGUGAUCGUAACUCAAGAUCCUGCUGCAGGAAACGAGACUCUCAAAGAAGUCCUUCCAGACUGGAUCAAAACAACUCCUUUCCUGCGCAACGGACGGGGAUGCCAACACAUGAAGGUGACCUUCAUUCUUUUCUACAGGACUAGCCGGCUGCGCAUGGUCAUCUCUACUGCCAACUUCAUCGAGUACGACUGGCGGGACAUCGAAAAUAGCGUUUGGUUACAGGACGUCCCGCCACGCCCGUCCCCUAUUGCACACGACAGCAAGGCCAACGAUUUCCCGAUGGCUUUCAUGCGUGUUCUGCGUGGAGUGAACGUCGCGCCGGCACUGCUCACUCUUACCAAAAAUGGUCACAGUAAUCUGCCACUGAAGCGCAUCGAAGAACUGCGCAUGAAAUGGGACUUUUCAAAGAUUAAAGUCGCGUUGAUACCGUCGCUCGCAGGCAAGCACGAGGGGUGGCCUAAGGUUAUUCAGACAGGCCACACCGCGCUCAUGAAAGCCUUGCAAGAUAUGGGUGCACGCACACCCAAGGGCAAGGAGCUCGUUCUCGAAUGCCAAGGCUCGUCAAUCGGGACGUACACGACGCAGUGGCUGAACGAGUUUUACGUGACUGCGCGGGGCGAGAGCGCCGAGAGCUGGCUCGACCAGCCUCGCGCCCGUCGCGCGCGGCUGCCGUUUCCGCUUGUAAAGAUUCUCUUCCCGACUCGGAAGACGGUGCAGGACAGCGCGCUCGGCGAACCAGGCGGCGGGACGAUGUUCUGCAGGCGCGCCCAGUGGCAGGGCGCGAACUUCCCGCGGGAGCUCUUCCAUGACUCGAAGAGCAAGCGCGGACGCGUGCUCAUGCAUUCUAAGUUGAUCCUCGCGACGUUCCGCGAUAGCGCCUUUGCUGCAUCGAGCAGUGGCAGCAGCAAGAGGCACGAUACGCCCUCGACAGAUGUGAGCGACGACGAGAUCGUCGAGGUCCCGCCGCCACCCGGGAAUGAAGACUUCGUCGGUUGGGCGUACGUCGGAUCGCAUAAUUUUACGCCUUCAGCAUGGGGCACGUUGAGCGGGUCAGCGUUCAACCCAACGCUCAAUAUCACGAACUACGAGCUCGGCGUACUCGUACCACUGCGGUCUGCGGAGGAGGUGGAGCGUGUGGCAUGCUGGGAGAGACCACCGCCGAAGUACAACCUGGGAAGGGACGAGCCUUGGGUGAGUCAUGCUCCCCUGAAGGGGGCUUGUUGGCACUGA